ACACUGCGUAUCAAUUUAAACACGAAUAUUAACAAUAUUAAUUGGGUACCGUUAUAACAUUUGUUCACUAUUUUGUGAUAUCCUACACUCGUUUUGUGUUAUCCUUUAUUCAUUUUAUGUUAAUUAAAAUGUACUUUAUGGUAACUUAAUAUAAGGUGUAUUUAAUUAAUGAUAACACUAAUUACAUUUUAAUUUAUCAUUAAAAGUAUUUUGUGAUAUUCUUAAGUGAUUUUGAUUUAAGAGAUAAUGAACAUCGUUUUCAUAUCCUUCAUUCAGUUACAUAAUUGUUUAAAGUCAGGUAUGUAUUUCAUGUAGAAAAGAAAGCACUUUUUCAUUGCGCAUAUAUGGUGCCAUAUAGAAAGUCGACGUGACGUCAACGCGUAACAGUGUUUUAACAGUGUAAAAAAUACGGGAAGUAACAUGUCCUGGGAAAUAAUGUAGGAGUGCAUAAACGUCCAGAGAGCUAUUCAACGCGUCUUAUAAUUGAUAAAGUGGGUGUGAAAUAAGUUUAACAUCGGUCUGUAUAUCAUUUCCAUUCUGAAACGUCUUUUAUAUAAAGUACUUUAUCAAAUGCGGUAGUACUAAUUUUGGCACCUGUAUGAUGCCAAAUGAUAUGUCGACGUGACGUCAAAUUUCCGUAUUUAACGGAAAUUGCAUGGAUUUUUCACAAUAGAAUAAUUCAUACACACUAGUAUUAGAUCUACAGUAUGAUUUUACUUAAUUAAUGAUACACAAUGUAUCAUAAAAUUGAUCUUAAGAUAUAAAAUACUGAUCUUUUAUUUUGGCGAUCAAUAAUUUAAUCAUUUCCUAAAAUCGAAUUUAAUGUAUCCAUAAUCAAUUGAAUGAUAUACUAAAUUGAUUUAUUUUAUGAAAUCCUGAUUUCUGUUUAAAUUUAUUUUCAGAAAUCCAAAAUAUAGUUAUUUGUACCAAUAACGGAAUUAAAGAUGUUAUUAAUUUGAAUUGAAGAUAGCAUAAAAUAAUUAUAGCUAUCUAUAAAUCAAUUUGUUUUCUAUAACUUUAUUUAAUUUUAUCCCAAAAUAAUCAAAGAUAUUAUAAAAUGAAUUUGUAAUAUCCAAAAAUGUAUUUGUGUGAAAUCAUGAAACGAACUUGUGAUAUCCAUAAACUAAUUGUAGUUACCCAUAAACAAAUUUAGGACAUCACAAAAUCAUGAAUGAAUUGUAAGACGACACAACAUAACAAUAAACGAAGACUGUUUGUAAAAUUUUGUUAGUAGUCUCAAUGAUAUCAGUGCAACUGACCGCUUUGUUGCAACAGUGUUUUCGUAUUUUUAAAAUCUUGAUUUCUUUAGCCAUUGUCUAUAUUUAUCAAGAAGAUAUACAUAGAUCGAUUAUACUUGUCAUACCGUUUAUCUAUAUUGAUUACAUUCUUUAGAGUUAUCUUUCUUGAUUUUGGUAAUAUUGUUGAGGUGUAAAACGAUAACGCCACGUUGUAAACCAGGAAUGUAUUCAAGAACAUAUUAAAGGAAAGUCUGGAGAUAUGUAAGACCGCCAGAAAUUGAGCUCCAUCAAAUGGAAUGUGUAAAGUUUAACAUGUACAUUAAGAAAAGGACUGACAAAUGCCCCUGAUAUACAUAGGGUACAAUACAGAGAUAUGAAAAGACAUACAUGAGAAUCCGGUAUAUUCUGGAAAGCACUUACGCAAGAGUCUGAUACACCCUGGAAUACACAUACGCAAGGGUCUGAUAUACCCUGGAAUACACUUAGUGUACAACGGCCUUGUUUUCUACCCGGAAGUAUAUCGACAUGCCAGUCAAGGCGUGUCUCCGUUUUUGUUAUGGAGAUGAUUUGAAAAUGGAUUGUAAUUUGCAGCAUUAAUCAAAAAGAACAAAAAUCAUCAUCUGAAGCUAAAAUGAACACUCUCUGACAAUGGGAGGUAAACAAACAAAAGAGCCUCCAAAAGAAGAGGUCAAGAAACCUUCCCCACCACCGGUCCGCCAAAAGAAUAGACCUACAGAUGGUGCGGUCGGAGGACAGACAUUACGUCCAGGUACCGAAGAACUCUCAAUAAACUACACGGAAGUGGUCAGCGGUGACGAUAUCUCUGCAGAGAAAUCAGCCACUAGGACAAACGAUGCAACAUCCGAAUUGGUAUACAGCAGGUCAGAAAAUAUUUUGGAUGAUGCUACGUCUACGCAAUACCGUUCAUACAGGGCUCGCUACUCCAAAUCUGCGACAGACUUAGACCGUCUCCGGGAAAGACCCAGGAAGCUCACGCAUACGGUGAUACAGCGUAAGACAAGUAGUGCACUCUUAGUUGCUGCAAUAGACUUUGGUACAACAUACAGUGGCUACGCCUACUCGUUUAUCAAGACACCGAAUGAAAUACUCACAAAUUACUGGGAAAAUACGGCGAUGAAGACUCCAACCGUAGUGUUGAUGGAUCCCCAAAAGAGGUUUCAUUCUUUUGGAGAUGAAGCAAGAAGGGAUUAUGAGCAGUUAAUGAAAACAGGCGCCCACAAAAAAUGGUAUCUGUUCGAAAGAUUCAAAAUGAAACUGUUCGUGAAAGAAACGCCGCUUCAAAAAGACGUUGAAAUUGAAGAUAUUCUUGGUAAGCCUAUGAAGGCGAUUGACGUUUUCACUGAAGCUAUCAGAUAUAUUAAAGAACAUCUUGAAGGUGUUCUUAAUGAUCCUACAAGAGAAAGCCAUGUGCCGAUACAAAAGGAUACAGACAUACGAUGGGUCCUUACAGUGCCUGCUAUAUGGAAUGAUCUUUCCAAGAAGUUCAUGAGGGAAGCCGCCAAAAAUGCUGGCAUUCCUGAUGACAUGCUUCUACUGGCACUUGAACCUGAGGCAGCUUCCGUUUUCUGCAAGAGAGAACUAGGAAUUGAUAGAGUUCCUGUAGGAUGUAGAUACCUGGUUCUUGACCUUGGAGGUGGCACAGCUGACAUCACGUGCCAUGAAGUUAACGUUGAUGGAACCUUGAAAGAAUUACACCCGCCGACGGGGGGAGACUUUGGUGGCACAACUGUAGACAACAGCUUUAUAAACAUUCUGAAUAGAAUAUUUGGUGGUGAUAUCAUAAAACGUUUCAAAACGUAUUACACGAAUGAGUACUGGGAGCUGAUGUCUGACUUCGAAAUCAAAAAGCGGAAAUUUGAUGGUUCAGGAAGGGUUGUUCUCAAAUUUCCAGUGCGAAUGUUAGAAUUGUACGAGGAUGAUGUGGGAGAGACCGUUGAAGAAACUCUGAUGUAUUCGACCUUGACAGGGCAUGUUGAAUUCAAACAGGGCAAAAUGUUUAUGACAGAAAAUCUGAUGGAAGACAUUUUCAAUUCUGCCGUGGCAAAAAUCAAAGAUAAAACUAGUGAACUACUUGAAAAAGUUGAUAAUAUCGACUGUAUUUUACUGGUUGGGGGAUUCUCGGAGUCUUUAUAUCUGCAGAACGUAAUGAAACAAAACUUUGACAAUCUUAUCGUUCUUCCGAAAGAACCAGCAGGAGCCGUUCUGAAAGGAGCAGUGAUCUAUGGCCAUGAAACAAAAGCAAUAUCAUCCCGCAAGUGCAGUUACACUUAUGGCAUUGCGCGAAUGAUAAAGUUCGAUCCAGAAAAACACCCUGAGAAAAAGAAAGUCAGAAUGGACAAAUUCACAUAUUGUGAUGACGCGUUUAAUAAACAUAUAGAAGUAGGUACUGAUGUAAGCGUUAAUACGCCAGAAAAAGCCAAAGCACAUGAGUAUUUUCCUGCUGCGGCUGAGCAAAGACAAGCAGUGUUAGAAGUAUAUAAAACAAAAAAGAGGAAUCCUGUAUUUAUUGAUGAGGAUGGUUGUGAGUUUGUAGGGCUCAUAAGGGUAGACAUAGACCCAAGAGGAGACAUAUGGUCCAAACUAAUGGUAAAACUAAUUUUCGGAGGAACAGAACUUAUCAUUGAAGUCAAAGAUGUGAAGAAUGGCUCAAUAACCACAGGUUCUGUCGACUUUUUAGGUUGAGUGCGUUCAUUAAUGUACAAAAAUUGCUCAAGGUGAUAUCUACACGCAAUCCUGACUUGUUAAGAGAAAAAAGCCGGAACGUGUUUAAAACAUUUUUCAACAACGGAAAUCGUGUAAUCUGAGAAGCAAAUAUUAACUUGAUUAUUUUUGAUCUGGUCAGGAUAAUGUCAUGUUUUAAAACUUCUAAAAGAGAACGUUAUUGUUUGUUUUCCGUUUGCCAGAUUUUUUUUCAGUAUUUGUUUGAAGGAUAGUAAAUGGCAAAUAGUUCAUCAAUAUUUGCUGAUUAUCGUGUAUAUAAUGCAUUGCCGUUUUGUUAAGUGAUUGUUUCUUAUAAUUCAGUCUAAAUGGACAUGUAUAUUUUAUUAUGUUACUGUAUAUGCUAGCUAUUUGUCUAUGUUGGUGAGAUAUUACACGAUGUAACCUACUUCGUUGUCUAUGCGAUAUACUUUUGGGGACUCCCUAAUAUUCAAAUCGCUAUCGAUUUUAAAACACAUAUAUUACAUUUAAGAAAAUUGGGUGAUUUUGGAAGAGUUAUUAAUAGAAUUCAGUGCUAUGGUUCAAUAUAACAUUUCAUUCUAUGGAUUUGGUAUGACAUGAAUUACAACACAAGCUUCAAGCGCACUGGCGGCAAUGGUCACGCUUAAAGUAUCACAAACGAAACCACAACAUUUGAUCGGAAUUGAUAAAAACAAACAAACAUUUACUAAUUUUAUAUACGAGUUGCACGGAUGCAAUAUUUACCAUCAAUGGGUAUUACACUUUUAUUUUUAGUGUAUAUAUAGAAGUGGUGACUUUUCGUGCGGACGUAAGUGCAUCUUUAGAAUUUCAGUCCAGUUGCUUAUUAAGCAUUUGACGUGUUCCUAAAAGAAUUAUGUUACCCACAAAUUAUUUAUUUAAUACCACUAGUUCAUUCAAAGUUGACAUCUAAAAGUGUAUUACAACUAAUUUUAACAGUAUCAUUUUGAAAUAUGUGAUUCAUUAGUGUUUUUUUCUUGUUAAAUGAAUAUCCAUGAAAAUUUUCCAAAGUCAUACUUCAAGCCUACCAGACUAGGAAAAUUAACCGUUUUUUACAUGUUAACGAUAUCUUCUUAUACUGUCUCACAUUGAUAUGUAGUGACACAUGUAGUUAUUCUUGUAUUUAUUUUGUAUUUUAUGUUCUUUAUAAACUGAUGGAAAUAUUUAUCUUUCAAAUAUUCUACAGCAUAUUAUUUCACGUAUAGAUACACUUAUCAUAUAUAUACUUUAAUCACGUAUAUUUGUUUUCUGGUUAGACUAGGUGACGUUAUAGUCCCACUUGGCCGAUGCUUGUUUUCAUGAUUAUGAACUUUAUGUUUAUGAAUAAUAAACAUACGUGUCACUAUAAUUAGGAUUGCCUCUUUAUAUUGAGACCUUACUGCACUGUGAAAUAUAUACAGUCAGUCCCUAGCUUAGAGGAUGUUUGGUAACGUAUGACGGAAACGCUUGGUAGCUCAAAUGGUACGCAUGUAACAAACAAACAAAAUAUGUUGGUCUAUGAUCCAAAUGCCCAUUUUUCUGCUUCUUUUGUUUUUAUUAUUUGUUUUUGAUUUGCACUGAAAACAAAUACCGCAUUGAAGAUUUUCCUACAGAUCAAGUUCAAGAGCCCACUAUCAUUGGCCUAAAAUUGGUAAAUAAUUUAGAGAACAAAACAUACAUUUUAUUUUGACUUGUGUAUAGUAAAUUAUCAUAUACAACCAUCAUAUACAAUAUAAUUAUAAUGAUAUACAAUUAAACAUAUUUCAGCUAACAUAAUAAUGUUAAGGCUGAAUAAUACAUGCGUAAAUAAGUCACCUGACUUUAUUAACACUAUAAACUGUAUUUCAAUAUUUCAACAUUCAUAUUUUAAUAAACAGAAGUACAAAAUGUGAACAUUUCAAUGCGCGAUAAGUCACCUGACUUUAUUAAUACUAUAAACUGUAUUGCAAUAAAACAAAUAUAGGAUGUAUGACAAACAUGCAAUAUGAGUAUAAAUGUAUGUUCAAAUCAAAGUAGAAUCUGUAUAAACAGUAAUAAACAUUUAUAACAUU